CAACUACCUCUUGUUAUCAACCGCGGCGUACUGUUAUCUUGUGUUAUUCUGCAAUGUUUACCGAAAAACUGAUAAAAGUGGUAACUUUGCUUCAGUUUCACUUAACAAUUCCGUUCAUUUACUAAAAGAAUGCCAUUCGACGUUAUAUAAUUAAAGAAAAGAAAAUCGAAGGCAUCGUAAAAGUGGUGAGAUUUCUCGAAUAGGAACAUAUACAAUUGAAUACAUCGCUUGUAGUGUGUGAAUUUCAACAAAAUGACUUAUAAAAUAGGUGUCGAAAAUGUAUCUCGACCGAUGAUAGCCUUUCCCGCCAACAUGACGUCGGCCGAUACGAUUUCCGUCUGCUCAGAAGCGUCGACGCUCAUAGAUGGCAGCGUCAUUUCGACGGUACCCGAUCGGCACGGGUUCCUGGGAGGCGCGCAGUACUCCCCCGAACCCAGGAACGGCCCUCCCGCCGAAACGGUGCUAAGACGAGAGAGAAAAUGGCUUAAGAUGUUAUCUCAAUGGAGUUUUUAUAUGGAUUCGAAUUAUAGGAAGGUGAAGGAACGCUGCAGGAAAGGAAUCCCCCAAUCGAUGAGGCCUAGAGCAUGGCUUUAUCUGUGCGGAGGAAAAGUAUUAUUAGAAAAGCAACCCGAUAAAUACGAAGAAUGCUUACGAGCCGAAGCGGAUCCUAAAUGUAUAGAUGACAUAAAGAAGGAUAUACACAGACAGUUCCCCUUACAUGAGAUGUUUUCUUCUGAAGAUAAACCAGGUCAGCAAGAAUUGUUUAACGUUCUGAAGGCAUACACAGUCCAUUUCCCCGACAUAGGCUACUGCCAAGCGCAGGCGCCCGUGGCAGCUUUUCUGUUGAUGCACAUGCCUUCAAUCCAAGCGUUUUGGUGUCUAGUGUCGAUAUCUAACAAAUACCUCGAGGAUUACUACUCGCCUUCCAUGGAUGUCGUGAAAAGGGACGGACUCAUUCUAGAAGGUCUUUUGAAGAAAGUAUGUCCUCCAGUGUACAGGCAUUUAAAAAAAGUUAACGCAGAGCCGAUGUUUUAUUGCACCGAAUGGUUUUUAUGUGCGUUUACUAGGACGUUACCGUGGGAUACACUUUUAAGGGUCUGGGAUGUUUUUCUGUGCGAAGGAGUUAAAGUGCUAUUUAAAACCUCGUUAGUCAUACUCAUUGGGUGUUUAGGUACACCGAAAAGUAGGAGACAAUGUCCUGGACUAUGUGAAACAUUAGCUAGGAUACGAAAUCCGCCAGAAAGUAUUUUAGCAGAAGAAAAUUUAAUUUAUAAUAUUAAUAGACUGGAUAUAACUGAAAGAGACUUCCAAGAGCAGCACCAAAAACAAACAAAGCGAUUAAGAAUUGAAGAAGCUAAUGCCAAAGCGGCCGCCGAAGACAAACUAAGGUAAUAUUUCCCAAAUGUUGGUUUCGGCAACCAAGUCGUCGUCAGUAUUUAUUGUCGUUUGGUGGAAAAUCGACAAAAACACAGAAUCGUACCUAUAUCUACUUACAGAUUUAUUUAAGAGAGAAUAUUUGUAAUUUACAAGUGAUAAUAUAUUUUUAACAAUAAAUUCUUCGCUUAGUCAUAGGAAGACUCAAAGAAAAUUGCUACAAUGUUUGAUACUCUUUUGCAUCUAUUUUGAAAAAUUACAAAAAAAAACUUUUUGAAUUGAGAAUAAAAAUUUAUUUUGUUGUUGUGAAAACUAUUCUUUACUUUAUUUUAUUGUAAUAUUUUCGCCGGUAAUGGAUCACUUAACUCAGACGUCACACGAGGGAUGAACAACAGAUCAGAUCUUUCACAACAAAUGUAUAUUAUUAACAUUUUAAAUUCAUUUUUAAGUGCUCUAGCGUGACAGCAUGUGAAAAAUGUGACUAGUGUCUUUUUGGUUUUAGUUUGUUGGGUUUCUCUAUAACUUUUAACCAAAGAGUGUUCAAAAAAUGGUUCAAAGCAUACAUAUUACAAUAUCUUCUUCAAUAAUGAUUCUGGUAGGGUAUAAAAUGCAAAGAAUCAUAUAUAAUAUAAAGUGUGUUCUUGGGUUAUGCAAAUUAUUUGGAUAAACACUUUCUCAAAAACUUCUUGGCAUGUUUUUGCUAAUUUAAUUGGAAAUGUAUAUUGGUUGUUUCGUUCUCGUGUGACGUCAUGGAUAUAGUAGUUCAUUUGGUUCUAGUCGAUGUUUCGGGACCAACGCAGAAGUGUAACCAAAUCCAGUAUUUUGUUAAUUCCAUUGCUCUUAAGAUAAAGACGUACAUGAAAACUGUUAAAAUUUGUCGAUUAAGUCCAAAUAUUCCUUACAUUAUUUAAUAGUUAGUCCAGCAGUUGAGUUUAUUUUUCAGUAUAUUUAAUAAAUAUACUGGGUGGGCCAAAGAAAACAGUCCACCUCGAUAUUUGGCAGUAGUUAUUAGAUUUUAAAGAAAUGCCGAAACAGGUCAAUUUUAAUUUUUAAAUUACAAUUUUUUGAUACCUAUAUAUUUCAUACUAGUGACGUCAUCCAUCUUGAUGUGAUGACGUAAUCGAUGAUUUUUUUUAAAUAGGAAUAGGGUUCGUGUGGUAGGUCAUUUGCAAGGGAGUUCAAUUCUCUAUUCAGUAAUAUAAACAUUAAUACCAUUAUUGAUACAGGGUGACCAAAAAAAUAGUUUUUGAAUUAAAUUAAUUGACGCAAAAAGAAGAAUGUAUGAAUUUAUUUAACACAAAAUACAUUCUUUUGCUGUCAGAAAAUAAAAAAAAAUGUUUAUUUGAUAAAUAAACAUUGCUUUUCGCUUAACUGCUAAGAGGUAGGUGGAAGGCUGUUUGUGAUUUAAUUUAAGCGAAAAGAAAAGUUUAUUUGUGAAAUAAACAUUUUUUUCUAUUUUCUGACAGCAGUACAAUGUAUUUUGAGUUAAAUAAAUUACAUACAUUCUUCUUUUUGCGUCAAUUAAUUUAAUUCAAAAAAAAUGUUUUGGUCACCCUGUAUAAAUAAUGAUAUUAAUGUUUAUAUUACUGAAUAAAGAAUUGACCACCCUGUCAAAUGAGCUACCACACGACCCCUAUUCCCAUUUAAAAAAAUCAUCGAUUACGUCAUCACGUUUAGAUGUAUGACGUCACUAGUAUGAAAUACUACUGCCAAAUAUCGAGGUGACUGCCUUCUUUGGCCCACCCUGUAUAUUAGAGCUGUCAGUAGAUACAGCACAACUCCCUCUCUGACUUCGCAAGCCAGAUGUCACAAACCGUGUCGUCUAGCUAGAAUGUACUGAGGCGUUGUUAAAAAGAACGGGAAACUGUUGAAUGAAUCAACAAAAUGAGAACAAGCCUUCGAAAAACAACUGAAAACUUCGAUUUGUUAAUCCGCGGUUGUCGCUCCUCUUAGCAAUCGUCGCGCAAAGUCUGUGAGAUCCAAGCUUUGCAAAUUAAUAGUUUUAUUAUAUAUUAAUAUUUCUUCUAAAAAUUGUGUAUUUCGUAUUUUAUCGCAAUUUAAACAAAGUAACAUUUAAAUAUUGCUGUUAUAGAUUAUUGUUCCAAAUUAAAACGCUGUACAGUGUGGUGUUUUACAUAAAAAGGUAGCCAAAAAUGGAACUGGCCAGGUAACUGGAUAUGACGUCGUGUGGCACCACCCCCACCGCAAAUAGUAACACGGUUUGGCUGCGUUUAAUUGUAAGAUUUUGCUAUACUUUUUGUAGUAGGAAUUUUAGAGAACUAUCUGUAAGGGGUCAGAAAUCACUGUGGAUUUAUAAGAAAUUAAUUUAUAAUAUGUUCUAAUCUGUUUUAAAUCUGUUUGAAUGUGUGGGUCUAUCUUAAGAGCAAUGAUUUACACUAAGUUUGUUGAGAAAUAUAGCUUUAUUCAUGAAAAUUGGAUAAAAACUAUCAUACAGAAAAUAGCACAACGCUUAAUGAAUUCAUUUCUAAUUUUUUUUAUUUGUCGUCGUAGUUCUUUGCAAAUUAUGGCAUAAGGAACUUAAAGUCCUUCUAAAGUAACAGUUAUAUUAAAUAAAGAGUUAUUAAAUUGUUAUAAGAAGUGUACAUGAAAUUUAAAGGCUUUAAUGUACGUAAUUGAGUCACAGGCAUACUUCAGUGUAAUCUAAGACUCAGAUCUACUGUACCAGAAAUGACAUUGUGCCAUAAUACAGGAACAUCACUACAAUUCAGGAAACUUCUGUUAGAAGUUAUUAAUAAAUAAAUCAUGGACUAAAACCCUAUUUUUCGAAUUGUAUAAACUGUUUUGACGUGUCAUUUGGUUAUCGUGUAAUUUGGCUUCUCUCUUCUAUUUAAACUGGAACAAAAACCUACAAGAUUUCUCCAAAACCUAUAAUUUCCCAUACUUUGAUCAAAAAAAUCGAUCGUUGCGGCGUUUGGAGGCCGUCCACAAUGGACAGCCUAAGUCUGACGUCACAAAUGUCACAAAAUUGGGAGGAGCUUAUAUUGACUCUAAAGAAUUUUGUUUGUAACGUUAAAUGGUCAUAAGGAAUUUUUCAUUUACGUGCUUUGUGUGGCAAAAUAAGACUUCAUUUAAGUAUUUCGUUAAAGAAACGUGUUAAGAGAUUUUUAUUCGGUUUUGGUCAGGUGGUUUUUAUUCCUUAGUGGUUGGAAAUAAACAUAACCUCAAAACUGUUUACGUUCUAAUCAUUGCAUUAAAUUAACUCACCUGGGCAAAAACGAAUAAAAAUCUCUUAAUUGACACGUUUCUUUAACUAAAUACCUAAAUGAAAAGUCUUAUUGUGUCAUACAAACCACGUAAACAAUAAAUUAAAAAUUCCUUAUGAGUGUUUAACAUUAUAAACAAAAUUGUUUGGAGUCAAAUAUAAGCUCCACCCAAUUUUGUGACGUCAAGACUUAGGAUGUCGAUUACUACUGUACCACUUCCACAAGAUGGUGACUGUAGACGUUUUUUGACAUUUAGCAUAUUCCUGGCUUGCCGAUUAGUCAAACGUUUUAUUUCUCUGCUAUCUUUUGAGCGUAACCUCUGUGGCCUGUACAGAGGAAUAACAAUUAAGUGAUUAUUAGCACUCAUAACGUCUAAGUAACCAAUGAAACGCCUGUAACAUGUACUUGAUUUAUACCUUGAGGCAGUGGCGGCUGGUCAGAGGAGGCAAGGGAGGCUUAGCCUCCCCAUAAAUUUUUUACUUUGUUAUUGCAUACACUACACUGUUUUGUUUACUUUGUUAUUUUGCUUGGCGUUAGAGAUAUCGCAAAAAGUUAUUUGAACAAGUUGUUCCAAAUAAUAUUCUAACCCCACAUACCAAAUUUCAGCACAAAAUUCGUACUUUUAGUUUUUUCAUUAUUUGUAGUCGGGAUCCUAAAAUCGCAGAGGAGGCUGCUGGCCGGAAAAUCUCACUUGCCAAUGCUCCGCGUAGCCCAGAGCGAGCGUUAAGGAUGGUUUAAGGAGACCCGGUCUCCUUAGGAGCUGCAUCGCUUAACGCACACGCUGCCCGGAGAUCGGGCAAGUGAGAUUUUACGGCCAGCAGCCUCCUCUGCGGAUUUUAGGAUCCUGACUACAAAUAAUGAAAAACUAAAAGUGCGAAUUUUGUGAUGAAAUUUGGUAUGUGGGAUUAGAAUAAUAUUUGGAACAACUUGUUUAAAUAACUUUUUCCGAUAUCUGUAAUGCAAAGCAAAAUAUCGGGAAGUUACCUUGUUUUUGGAUUCGCAGAGUAAGCCGCUUUAAGAAUUAAAAAAAAAUCAGUUGAGUAUCAUCUUAAACAAUGUGAACUUUCAACCUGUAUGGACUGCAAAACUUCAAAUCUGUAUUUAUUUUGAUAUGCAUAUCUACUUACAGAGAUAGAAUUGUUAACAAAUAAACGACACAAACUGGUAAUACACUUUUACAAUUAUACUAACUAUUUUUAAAAUGAUAUGAUAUUAUGAAAUUAUGAAUUAUGAUGAUAUAAAAUGUAAAUAAAAAAUGGUCAUAAAAAUGGGGCCUUAAAUUAGAUUUUUUUGGCGGAUUUUUUUUGCUAGUGCAAAUUUGUCUAGAUAUUUUACAGUUAGGUAUAGCCUCCCCUAUUGUAAACAUCACGAGCCGCCACUGCCUUGAGGACCUUCAAAUAAUAUAAAAGUAGUCUUUGGUACAAAUAAAGAUUUUUCACUUAAAAUAUUUAGAAGAGCAUCGCAAUAACUUGGUAUUUUCAACCUUUUCUUGCAUUAAUGUCUAAUAUACGGUGCUAAAAUCCACACACGAGUUAAUAUUCGUACAAAGUGAGAGCUACAAUUUUUCUUUUUGCUAUAUAUUGUUGGGAACUUAUUUGCACACAUGGUUUUUAUCUAAUUUUGCUUCAAUUUCACCUAAUCUUCAAUGACAAACUUUAUAUAGCAUUUACUGUGUGAAUACAACAGAAUCAAUGACUCUAGUGUUUUUCUAUGACCUUGAGAAAGUCAAGCAAAUUUAUUGUGUUGUAGUCUACGAGAAAUCCUGAUAUGUCGUUUUUUUUCAAUAGGUUUGUUCCAACAUACAAUUUUUGUACGGUCCAAAAAUCAUCACGAAACUGCUUGUACCGUUUUUAUGCGCAGGUCAGCCCAACGAGUACUUGCGUUUAUCCUUAUACUGAAAUGAUCGUGACGAAAGUUUCACUGGCCGAUCACAAUUUUUGUUGGAACACACGGAAGGACGAUGCGAUGAACGAUCAUCUGUUUGUUGGAACAUAUUUUGUUUACUGCGCAAGAGCGUGAUCAUUACAUGGUGGUUUUUCGUUGUGUUGGAACAAACCUAUUAAGAGCGCAGAAUCAGUUCGCUACUUUUAAAAAAAAUUCAGACGAGGAUACUAAAUGCCAGAUACAUAAUUUGCGACGGCUGCAGUAUCGAAUUCACAGGCAUGCUCGUCAGUAUGUAAACAUUAACAGUGCAGUGCGGUUAUAUUUUUGAUACAGUAAUCUGACGAUAGUAAUCUUGCAAAAUAUAGAGAAGCGUUUAAACAAUUGAUCGCCAACCUUCGUUAGAAGACGGCACAAAAAGAAAAAGAAGAAUCUGGCGAUGCUGUAUCCCAUAGACAGGGAUUUGGAUGUACCAAACAAAUGAAUUUGUCAUUAUCAAAUACAGCACGCUCCAUUACUUAACACAGUAUAAUUCAAAGAACACCUUUUUUCCUUUCGUUGCUCAUUCACAAGUAUUCGACAGAAAAUCAUGCGUCUAUGGAAUGUGGUGCAAAAGUAUCCUCGUCUAAAAGCACUCAUUUGACGUAAUGUUUCUUUUGCAUCUGCAUACACAUUCAGUCGCCGGUGACAGGAAGGUCCGAGAUACAGAAUUCGGAAUCUAGUUUACUGUAUGCGUCGUGCGUCCUGUGUGAAAAGCUCCAUUUAUGUAAUAUCUGCAUCUCGGAUACAGUAUCCUCGUCUGAAAAGGCUCUAAAGGCAGCAAAGGUCUUCUAGAGGGAACACUAGCGUUUGUUGAGUUUCAUUUUGUCAACUUACGUGCAAUUUUUCUUAUAUAUUUAUAUUUUUUAUGAAUGAAGCACCUGAGAAGAAAUCGUAACGUACACAUUAGUAGGUACAUAUAUUUUAUAUACCAAAUGCUUACCUAGUAGGUAGCUUUUGUUUUUUUACGGGAUCACUGCAAUGUUUUGUAACAUUUUUCACGUUUGUGGGACAAAAAAUAUAUUUAGCUGAUUCUUGAAUAAAACUGUACCGAUAGGAUCAAAAUGUGCUUAAAUUGGUUUCGUUGUUUAGAAAAUGCCAAAAAUUGUUUAAAUUAGUGUUUUGUUAUGGAAAAUUGAGUUUUUAGAUGUGAAGAAACAAAAAUUUGAGGAUUUUUGUAUAUUUAUUGAUGUUUAAAAUCGGGACAUCUUAGUUUUGAUCCUGGAUUAGGCAAUAUAUCAAUUAAUUAUCCUUUUAUAUCCAAAUAUAAAAUUCAUAAUAUUAAACCGCAGCUCAAAUAACUGUUCCUGAUAUUAUUCACUCGGCUGUGAUUUACAUCCUGUGGAAAAUCCUUCAGGAAAAUCUUUAACGCUAAAAUGAAAACAUCUAAACUAAAUUUCAAUCAGACGUGCACUGCAUGUAAACAACGAUUUUAGUUGUUAAAGGUGUUCAAAAUUUAUCUACUCGUUCCAUAGUAACAGUAUAUUAUUAAUGUUGUUCUGAAGCUAUUUCCUUGUGGCAUUUUUAUAAUUACGUAUUUUUUAUGGGAAAUAAGCCUUGUAUUUUGUAUUUUGACAACGAAACCCGAUUUGGGCUUCGAAACGUUAAUAAAUUAAUUUUUUAUAAAAUUGUGGCUUAUUUCCCAUAAAAAAUACGUAAGUAUAUUAUUAAAAUCACCUUUUGCUCUUUCCUCGAUUAUUAGUUUUUAUUGUAUAGUAUAUAAAUUUUUGUAAUCACUGAAUACGUAGAUAGUGAAAAAAUAAUCCGAUUAAUUAAAUUAAUGAAUAAUUUACGCGAUUAUACAAGUAACUGUUAUCCAAAAAUAUUCAAAAACAACGGAAUAUCCAUCCCGUUUGUUGUAGAUGACGAGAUCGCUGUCAACUGCUGUUUACAUCUAGUGCAUAGCUUAUGCGAAUAAACUGUAGUGUGUAUAUUAAUAAUAACAGCAUUCACAGUUGUUUUUGUGACUCAGGCCAGUAAAACAAACAUAUCUUUACCUUAAAUAUUUUUUUUUAAUAUUGUUUGUAAGAAGUUUGUAAUAAGUUUGAAGGAAAUAUUAUUUGUUCAAGAAUCAAAUACUAUUUUUUGGUUCCCACUGUUCGCCAACAUUUGUAUAUCUCACACCGAAAGUUGUUGAAAUAAUUAUCUACUGUAUGGUUUAUUAUUUGCAAUUUUUCGCUAAACACAAGACUUUCGAUUGUAAGUCAAAUUGGUAAUCAAUCUUUGACGGUACAGAGUUACUGAAAGUAUUAAAAAAAAUACUGUAGUUGGUCAAUAAGAGAUUUUAUUCAACUUUUUCAAAAAUGUUUUUGGUUUAAACCUAAUACGCUAGUAAUAGUACUAAAUAUUCCGCAUUUGUACCCAUAUUUUUAAGAAACUACAAUCAAAAACGCUAAAGUUGUGUCUUAACGGAGGAUUUAAAUUAUGAUACAAGUUAUGUACUGAGCAUACAGGGUUGCCAGAUUGGGGUAUUUUCCCACAACUUUGGGGUAAUUUGAAAGCGUCUAGGGGAAUUUUUCUAAGCAGAAAUAGUUGGGGGAUUUUAUGUGGAAUUAUAAGGGGUUAUGGUGAAUUAAAUUUGCGAGUGUACAUAGAACUGUAAAUUAUACUCUCAUAUAAUCGAAGACGAUAGGGCGCCCUCUGUUGAUAAGUAGUAUAAUUUUGGUUUACUGUUCGUUACAUAUGACUACUAAUUUAUUAAAAUACGACAUAAAAUUUAAAUUUGGCGAAGUUGAGCUUCAAUUUGAGGGAAUUUCAGUUUCUAAGUGGGGGAUUUAUAAAAUCACAUCUGGCAACUCUGACCUCAUAUAUUAUCAUCGACAUGACAUACAAUAGAAAAGGGGGCCAUAAAUACGGAAUAUGCAGCUCUUUGUGUACUACAAUUUUACGGCCAAUUUUUCAAUACAAUCAAGAUGAUAGUUCCUCUUGUUGGGGUUUUAUAAUGCAUUUUGAUGUUCCAAUAUACUCUAAACCGGUACUUUUUAGAAUGUAUGAUCGGUAAACUAGCAUCUUGAAAAACACCUCCAUUCAUAAAAACCUAAAUGUUUAUUAUGUUUUCAUACUACCAGUUUGUACCUACGGCUUGGAGGCACUACAAAAUAAAAAUAGAAAUUCUUGGAAUGUCACUGAGAGACAAGAUUAGAAACACCGAGGUAAUACGUAGAACGAAGAUCAGGGAUAAAUCAUGGAAGAAAUUACAAAAAUGAAAUGACUCUGAGCCAGUCACAUAGCCAGAUAUAAUGAUAACAGGUGAGCACAAAGAAUCCUAGAAUAGAGACCAAGGAGGACUAGAAGAAGCAUGGGAAGACCUUCGAAGAGAAGGGUAAAUGACAUAACAGCAGAAGCCAGCUAACAGUGGAUUAUUGAAAGAUGGAUGCAAUUGGGAGAUAUACCUAUGUACAUUCAGAAGUGGAGGGAAAAUGGUUGACGAAGAGAGAGACCUGGUGUGAGCAACGGAUCUUUAGGUAAUCUAAUUCCUCGACGAAAUGUUAACCAAAAAUAAUUGCAAAUCGGAAACGAUUGUAUAUUAUUACAUUUAAGGGAGGUUUACAUAAGCUGCCUAUACUCAUAAUUUAGUAUCGCACAUUAAAAAGAAGUAUUGGCAUUGGAAAAGUUGUGUGGUAUUAAGGAAUCCGCAUUUUGUACCAAUUCUUUGUUUCCAAUUUAGCAACUCUGUUAGAAGUUAGAUAAAAUGUAAUAUAUUGUUAAGUUGUUGCGGAGCAUAUUUAAAUAUUUCCUGUACAAACAUUGAAGAAAAAAAUCUUCUGUGUAAAAGGUAUAUUUAUUUGAAAACCCCAAUAAGGUGCUACAUUAAAAAACGGAACGUUUUCGCUCUAAAGAGAGCAUCAUCAGUGUUCUGUGCAAGCUCUACAUGCUAAACCACCAAAAAUACAUGGGAUAAAACCCUUAAAGUCUUACAUUGACAUGUAUACUAAAUCCUGACGAUGGAUGAAAUUUAAAGAGAUACCUCAAAGCAUUAUAUGAUUAAUCCGCGAAGCAUGUGGGUGGUCGAGUCGAUUUCUCUGUGUUUACAAAGAGAAAGGUGAAAGCCAACUCAUUAUUGGGGUUUUCUUAUAGGUAUAUAUACCUUUUACACAGAUUUUUUUCUUUAAUUUUUGUAAUUAAUGGUAUACAGCCAGCUACAGGAAAUUUUUUCUUUAUGGAUUUCCUUUGCAUCAUCAACAGAAUGAUACCAAUUUUGACUUAUCAAAACUUACAAAAAAAACAUUUUUUAGUUGCAUUUUUUCAAUGUUUUGAUAUUAUUUUAUGAUUCUCAACUAUGUCAAAAGCUUUCCUCUAUCAUUUUAGUUUACUUUUGACACCGUGGUAUAAUUAUGGCAUCUUGUUUCUUAGUUUAGCUAGUAUGUUUUUAUUCGUUUUAUUUUGCACCCCAAUUGCUAUUGUAUAUUUUUAUUCCGCACCGCGUUCUUUAAGUUGUAUAUUUAUGUUUGGUUAACAAUUUUCAGGUGUGUGAGAUUUUCUUAUUUGUAUAGUCAGAAAUUAACUCUAGUUAUUAUUUGUAAAAUAAUUUAAUAUAUAUUUGAAAGAUAAA